AUGCUGCAACACCGCACGAUAUUGAAUGUGGAGCGAUACAGACAAGCGUGGAACAGUCAAAACUCGGUUUGCCGAAGGAAGAAGCGUCAGCAGGAAGACCAAGAUAGCGAGGCGAUGGACAAUCUGUACCGUGUAAACGACACACGGAAGUUCUACGAGAAGCUAAAUAGUUCGCGCAAAGGCUACAUUGACGGUGACGAAAUCGAGGUGGUCGAUGAGUUCGUGUAUUUGGAAUCACUGGUAACCGCCGAAAAUGAUACCAGCAGAGAAAUUCAAAGACGCAUUAUGGCAGGGAAUCGUGCCUACUUUGGACUCCGAAGGACGCUCCUGUCGAAUAAAAUUCGCCACCGCACGAAGUUGACUGUCUACAAGACGCUGAUUAGACCGGUGGUCCUCUACGGCCAUGAGAGCUGGACUAUGGUCGUGGAGGACCAACGCGCCAUUGGUGAUUUCGAACGGAAGGUGUUGCGUACCAUCUACGAUGGAGUGCAGAUGGAUGACGGAACAUGGAGGAGGCGACCCAAGUAA